CAUCAAGUGAAGUUAGAAAGAGAAAAAAAAUGUCACCCUCUUCAAAUUACCAGUUGUUUUCACUUGUCUCCAUCUUACUGCUAAUAACAGUUGAUCAAAGUUCACAAUCUCAAGCAACACAAGAAAACGGUGUGAAAGUUGGUGUCUUUCUAUCACCAGCGUUUGUGCUGGAACCUGGAUCUGUCUCUAACAAGUUUUACUACAACAUUGGCUUCCCAAAAGGCCAUAUUGCUAUUAAAAGUUUUGAUGCUGAAGUAGUUGAUGAGGCAGGGAAUUCGGUACCCCUUUACGAGACAUAUCUUCACCAUUGGGUUGUUUCAAGAUAUUUUAAUCGAAAAGGUGUAGAAGUAGCAAAGUACCAUUAUGAUUUGGGGUACGACCAAUCAGAUUCUAUUAUUAAGAGUAACUCAGGGAUAUGUGGUGGAGUCCUUAAUACUGUAUAUUUUGGUGUUGGUCCAGAGACCCGAAAAACAAUCAUCUAUAUUCCAGACCCUUAUAGAAUAGAAGUCGGUAAUCCAGUCGAAGUACCUCCUAGAUACGAGGAGAAACGGAUGCUCAAUUUACAUGCAAUUGAUACACGAGGCGCUGAAGAUAGACUGGGAUGCACUGAAUGCAGGUGUGAUCUUUAUAAUGUUACGAAGGACGAGAACAACCGAGAUAUAGAGCCAGAUUACAUCGGAGGCUCGAGAUGUUGUUACAAUGGAACAAGAUGCAAGGUGAAAGACGGAUUCCAAGGAUCAAAGAGAAACCUGUACCUGAAGUACACAGUGAAGUAUAUUGAUUGGGAUGCCUCUAUUGUGCCUGUAAAUAUAUAUUUACUUGAUAUCACUGAUACAUGGAAAAAGCAAGAAAAAUCGAAUGCCACUGUGGCAAGACAUCACUGUAAGAUCAAAUAUUUAGUGGAGUCAUGUGCGGCAUCUGUUGCAAAUGUUGAUUGCACUCAUACAAAGAAGAUAAGCACAAUAUUUCCUAGUGGCGGAGAUCUCAUCUAUGGAGUUGCUCAUCAACAUAUAGGAGGGACUGGGAUGGCACUCCAUGGAGAGGAGGGACAUGUCAUAUGCUCAUCUCUUCCAAUCUAUGGGAAAGGAAAGGAACCAGGAUAUGAAGCUGGUUACAUUGUCGGGAUGUCUAGUUUUUAUCCUAGACCUGGCUCUAUCAAGAUUUCAGAAGGGGAGACUAUAACUUUACUAUCGAACUACAGCAAUGAUCAGAGGCAAACUGGAGUGUUGGGGUUGUUCUAUCUCUUAGUUGCUGAACCAUCACCGAAACCUAACUCUAUCCUACAUUCCGCAGAUGGAACAGGUGAGAUUGUAAUAUUGCAGAAUGCUAUUGGAGCCUUGGCAGUGUUUGGAAUUGCACUACUUCUUGGUGCUGAUGUUAUUUAUCAAUGUCGGAAUCAAAGGGAUCAGGAAGGCUAUGAGUCUAUACUGAUGUGA